CCGACCCGCAUGGUUCAAAGAAAAAACCGUAAGAUAUCCAAAUCCUGCUCUAUGCGCCGUUGCUCUCGUCAGCUCCCAUUUUAUCUCUUAACAGAAAAGAUAAGGGGGAGAUUGAGAAGGAGAUUGCACCGAGCAAAACCCCAACUAUGGAUCGGUCCUCUGAUAAGGAGAAAUCCUCCAAACGCUCCCGAGAAGAACGCGACCGGGACUCCACCAAAGACCAUCAUGACCGGGACCACAAACACCGAUCCCGAGACAAGGACCGAGACGAUAGGUAUCGAGAUUCCGAUUCUCUCCACCGCCACCGUCGUUCGGACCGGGAAAGCCAUCGCGACCAUCACAAGUCAUCAAGGCAUGAAGAUCGAGAGAGCUGUAGAGACCGUGAAUCUAAGCGCGAACGAUCACACGACCCGAGAGAGGAUAGGGAGGGGAGUAGGGAUCGGCGCGAGCGGUCUCACGAGCCACUAAGCGAUCACAAAUCUUCCUUGUCAAUCCGUGAGGACCAUGAGCGGUCUCGCGAGAGGUCCUACAAUCGGAUUGAGGAGAGAGAGGGGAGCAUUGAUGGACGCGAUACAGAAUUGAAGAGAGAGAUAUCGUAUGAAAGCGCAGACCUGAAGUAUGAAGCUAGAAGGAAGAGGAAAGAAAGAGGAAAUAGUGAGGAUAGACUUGAGCGGGAAAAGAGGGUUAGGGUUUCAGAAGAGAAGAGAGAGAGGAGGAGAUUUGAGGACAAAGUAAAAGAAGAGGAUAGUAUUGAUAAGUAUGACAAUAAUAGUAGUAUUGAAGAUGCAAAGAGAGUAGAAUCGAGUAAGGUGAAAGAAGAAGUGAAUGAUGAGCCAACUGGUGGUAAUACUGCCAAUCGCGGCCUUCCAACUGAGAAUGGUGCCACCCUGGAAUCAUUUGCUAAGACAUCAAGCAUUGUGCAUGAGAAAUCUGUGGGAACUUUUCAUCCUCUUCCUACCAAGGUAUCUUCAAUUUCAAACACAAAUGAAAAUAAGGGAGUUAGUAUUACCAGAUCUCAUGAGGUUCCUGGAAAAUCUAGUACAGAUGGGACAUCAUCAGCUGCUGGGAAAAGUGGAAGUCUAUCCCUUGAUGCUUUAGCAAAAGCUAAAAAAGCUCUACAAAUGCAGAAGGAGCUGGCGGAGAAGCUGAAAAAAAUACCUCUAUUGAGCAAGGGUGCUAGCUCAAGUUCAGAUAAUAAUACACCACCCAUAUUAAAGGAGGAACUGAAAGCACAGUAUUCUGGUAUUGGAGUGCAGAGGGAAACUCCACCCAUAUCCACCACCUCUAUUUCAGCAGGAACAAUGUCAAGUGCAUUGACUGCUGGGAAUCCACCUGCAAGUGUCAUGGAAGCUUUUCCUGGGCUUGCCAGUAUACCCAAUAUUGAAGCUGUUAAACGUGCUCAGGAACUUGCUGCUAAAAUGGGAUUCCGGCAGGAUCCUGAGUUUGCUCCUCUUAUAAAUUUGUUCCCUGGCCAGAUGCCAGAGGAAGUUUCUGUACCACAAAAGCCUACUAGGGCCCCUGUUCUUCGUAUAGAUGCACUUGGUCGGGAAAUAGAUGAACAUGGAAAUGUAGUGAAUGUGACCAAGCCAAGCAACCUAAGCACACUAAAGGUUAACAUCAACAAGCAAAAAAAGGAUGCAUUUCAGAUUCUUAAACCUGAAUUGGAAGUGGAUCCUGAAUCAAAUCCUCACUUUGAUCAAAGCAUGGGCAUAAAUAAGAAUAAGCUUUUGAGGCCUAAAAGGAUGAGCUUCCAGUUUGUAGAGGAAGGAAAAUGGUCGAAGGAAGCUGAAAUGAUGAAAUUGAAGAGUCAAUUUGGAGAAGAAAGGGCAAAAGAUAUGAAGGCAAGACAAGCACUACAUGCAAAGGCAAAGGCUGCUCCUGAUAUAAAUCCCAAUUUGAUAGAGGUAUCACAGAGAGUUAUAAUAAAAGAGAAGACUAAGGAGCCAAUUCCUGAAAUUGAGUGGUGGGAUGUACCUCUUCUGCCUAGUGGUAGCUAUGAUGGAAUUGAUGAUGGUAAUGCAAGUGAUAAGUUGAAGAUGGAGAAGAUCACAAUCUAUGUAGAACACCCACGUCCUAUCGAGCCCCCUGCUGAGCCAGCUCCUCCACCACCUCAGCCUUUGAAGCUAACAAAGAAAGAGCAGAAGAAGCUCCGCACCCAACGUCGGUUGGCUCGGGAAAAAGAUAGACAGGAGAUGAUUAGGCAAGGCUUGAUUGAACCCCCAAAGCCUAAAGUCAAAAUGAGUAAUUUAAUGAAAGUUCUUGGCUCUGAAGCUACCCAAGAUCCCACAAAACUUGAGAAGGAAAUACGUAGUGCAGCUGCUGAGCGUGAGCAAGCUCAUAUUGACAGGAACAUUGCACGCAAGCUCACUCCUGCUGAACGCCGUGAGAAAAAGGAGAAGAAGCUCUUCGAUGACCCAAAUAAUGUAGAAACUAUUGUUUCUGUCUACAAAAUCAAUGACCUGUCACACAAGAAAACUCGCUUCAAAGUUGAUGUUAAUGCUCAAGAGAACCGUUUGACUGGUUGUGUCGUGAUUUCUGAAGGCAUUAAUGUUGUGGUAGUUGAAGGAGGAAGCAAAUCCAUUAAGAGGUAUGGGAAGCUAAUGCUUAGGCGCAUAAACUGGGCUGAAGCUGUAGAAGAGGAGGAAGAAGAUGGAGAUGACAAUGAGGAUAAACCUGUGAACAAAUGCAUGUUGGUGUGGCAAGGCAGUGUUGCCAAACCAAGCUUCAAUAGGUUUUUUGUACACGAGUGUGUAACAGAAGCUGCAGCACGGAAAGUGUUUGCUGAUGCAGGUGUUGGUCACUAUUGGGAUCUUGCAGUCAACUUCUCUGAUGAUCAAGUAUGAUUGGCUAUUGGCUUCCUUAAUUGAAACCUUUCUGGUACUCUGAUUUUUUUUUUUUUUUUUUGAAGUUGAGCUUUACCCUAAAGCGUUUUGGGAAUAUUAAGAGUUCUGAAACUUCAAAGCAACAUUUCAGCUUGAUACUAGUGAUCUAUUGAUUUAGGAUUUGUAAUCUGUGUCCUAGUUACGAUAUUGAUAUUGAUGGGCAUUGGACGUGGGCAGAAAAUGCAUCUAGUGUAAUGCAAGUUUAAUUUGUAAUUGAAUAUCUCAUCAAGUCCUUGUCCUUUUUGGCAACUGUUGGGCAGUUUGGGCUGGAAAAUGUUCACACCUGUUCUCUGGUU